GCGCCCCACACGUAAAUAUAAGCCCCAGCUUCUUCCCAACCGCAUCAACAUAACUUCUUGCUUGCGCGCCACUAUGGUCAAAGCUUCUGACGUCCUUUUGAUUCUUGUUGCUAUCAUCUUUCCGCCGGCUGCUGCUGCUUUCAUCACCGGCUGUAGCUGUGACUUGCUCAUCAACAUAUGUUUGACCAUCUUGGGAUAUUUCCCCGGACAUAUUCAUGCCUUUUGGCUCAUCUACAAGAAGAUGCAAGCUGAAGAGAAAUAUGGUUACGGGGGGUUCCAUUACACCGGCAACGGGCAUUACCAGGCUCUCAAUCAAGGUUCUGCUCCUCCUGUGAACUAUGGCACGGCAGGACCUUAGGUGAUUUGUCACUGCGAUGAUAUCCAGCACAUUUGGACUGUAA